AUGGGCAAAGAAGCUAUUGUUGUUUCCCAAUAUCUUGAUGAGUCAAAAGUGCUAGACGAUAAUUUUGAUCAUAAAAUCCAAAGUCUUAUAACAUUAGGACCUGAUCAUGGAGAGGAGAAUCAUAAAGGAGGUGCUAAUGGCACAUAUGCGGCUCAAGGGUGGUAUGCUGAUGAACCGUGGCAUGGAGAAGCCCACAUGUAUAAGAUGGAAAAGAUCCUAUUCCAAGGGAAAUCAGAAUUUCAAGAGCUUCUUGUAUUUGAGUCAUCCAAUCAUGGCAAGGUUGCAAUUCUUGAUGGCUAUAUGCAGCUUACAGAGAGUGACGAAUUUGCUUACCAAGAAAUGCUCACUCACCUUGCACUCUGCUCCAUUCCAAAUCCAAAGAAGGUGUUGCUCGUGGGAGGGGGAGAUGGUGGAAUCCUUAGAGAAAUAUCCCGCCACGCAUCUGUUGAGCAUAUUGAUAUCUGUGAACUAGACAAAAUGGUGAUCGAUGCUUACAAGAAGUAUUUCCCAGAUAUUGCAAUUGGAUACAAGGAUCCUCGAGUGCAUGUUCAUAUUGGCGAUGGAAUUAAGUUCAUCAAUUGUACUCCUGAGGGAACUUAUGAUGCGAUUAUACUGGAUGCUUUCAAUCAAAUGGGACCUAUUGCAAAAGAGCUUGCAGAUAAUUGCUUCUUAGAAUCAGUAGCUAAGGCUCUUCGACCUGGUGGAGUGCUUUCUACUCCCGCAGACAGCUUGUGGCGUAAGAACUUUGUCAUUGCAGAUACCAUAGCAAAUUGCAAGAAGAUAUUCAAAGGCUCAGUUAACUAUGCUUGGACAACAGUCCCUGCAUAUGCAAGUGGGGUGAUUGGAUUCAUGCUUUGCUCCACAGAGGGGCCCCAAGUCAACUUCAAAUACCCAAUAAAUCCACUGAAUCCAGAGAAUUAUGGUGUAGCAAAGGGACCUCCAAAGUUCUAUAACUCAGAGGUAAUCCCUGAAACGAUUCUAGUUCAAGGAUUAACCUUUUUUUCUUCCUCUCUUACAGAAUGUUUGGAUCAACUUGUGUUUAAGCAUAAUCAAUUCUGAAACCAAAAGUUACACACAGAAGCAUCUCCCCAUAAUUGAUUCCGACUUCAUAA